CCUCCCGGGCUGGCUCGUAUUCGAGAUGCGACAGCCGCUUGGAUCUGCGACAGAGGCCUGAUUCUUCGUUUCGGGAUCCAGAUGAUGCCUUUCCCCAUGGAUUCUUUCCCGAUCCCGGUCCCUCUUUUCUGUACCUUCUCCCCGCCUUUCUUUUGAACUUCCCUCUGUUCUCCCAAAUAAUCUCUUCAUACCCUGGUCCGCGGGGCUCCUUUGUCGCGAACCAUGCCCCCUUCAACCCGUGCCUCGAGGGAUUCGUAUGAAGGCACCGCUCUACUCUCCCCCCAACACGCCGCCGAAUCCCCCACGUUAUCGCCCCCGUUGUCCUUUCCGCCGCCCACGGAGAAGAGGGAGAAGCCAUGGAUCUUCCUCGUCGGUCUCCUGUUCUUCAUGGUUGCUGUCAUCGACAUCGGUGACUACAUGUCCGACGCCCCCAAGACGCGCGUGUUUGAGUCCAACAUCUGUCUCGACUACUACAGGACAAAUGACCCUUCCCAGAUCGGCCCCGACGGCUACGUACCCGAAAAGCUGUGCAAGAUUGAUGAGGUACAACAGAAGCUGGCUAUGAUCUUCGGUUGGCAGGACACAUUCGAUGCUAUUCCGGGGAUGCUACUCGCUGUGCCAUUCGGUGCACUGGCCGACAAAUGGGGCAGGAAAUGGAUUUUAGCUACGUCUUUGGUGGGAUUGCAGCUGAAAGCUUCUUGGGUCUUGCUCAUUGGCUAUUUUCAGAGCUUGCCUUUGCAGUUGACUUGGUUCUCGUCCGCCUUCUACAUAAUUGGGGGUGGGCCUAUUGUCGCUGUCGCCGUCGCCAUGACUAUGGUAUCGGAUGUGUGCCCCCCGGAUAAGCGGACCACCAUCUUUCUCUACCUGACCGCUGCUGUUCUCUUGGGCGAAAUGGUCUCCCCGAUCAUAUCCUCCCGUUUGAUGGAACACGGAAAUUGGUUACCUCUUCUCCUGGCCCUGGGCAUUCAAUUCAUAGGAGCCCUGGCCGCCGUCAUCUGUCCUGAGACGUUGCAUAUGCAGGACCUUCCGGAACCUACCGACGACGACGAGACUGAUAGCAUCGAGCUACAGUCCAAGAAAGAGAGCUCGGGCAUUAAGACCCACCUCGGUCACUUCAAAACGGCGUUUCUUUUCCUCAAGAGCGACACUACCCUCAUGCUGGUCGUUCUCACUUUCCUAGGGAACCGACUUGGCCGGAACGGCAUGACCUUGUUGAUUAGAUAUGCUUCGAAGCGAUAUGGCUGGGAGAUCAAAAAGGCUGCCUAUCUCGUUUCGUUUCGCGCUGCCACGAACCUCGUAUCGGUGACCAUCUUUAUCCCUACCGUGAAUUUCAUACUCCUCAAAUACAUCCGCCUCCCACCACACUGGGCAGACAUGUACCUGGCUCGGGGCUCUGUCAUCCUCACAGCUGCAUCCUUCUUCAUCAUGGCCGUGGCAUUCCAGCCUGCUCUGCUCAUUAUCGGCCUUCUUGUCUACAAUCUCGGCACUGGUUACAGCGCGGCAAUGCGCUCCAUCGCAAUUCACGUCGUGGGCGGCCAAACCAGUCCGGAUGUGGGCAAGCUGAUGAGUCUGCUCGCCAUCACGGAAAGUAUUGGUCUUAUGCUGUCUGGACCGCUCUUGAACAGCAUGUUUCAGUGGGGUAUGGAUAUGGGGUCUAUGUGGCUCGGUCUGCCUUUCCUGACUGUGUCUUUCAUGUUCUGCCUUGUGACAUUACUUACAUAUCUGAUACGUAUCGGGAACAAAGAUGUGGAAUAUGUGGAAGUCGCAGGCGAUGAGGAGGAGGAGGAUGCAGCGGUUACGAACGGAACAAUGAGAUCAACUUCGCCACGCGGGUUGGGUCCGCAACGCACUGCCUGA